AUGACAACCAAACGAUCUCAACGCGCUAAAAAUUUGAACAAUAGAAGCGGAAGAAAAAUUGCAGAUUAUCAUGAACCAACAACGACCACUGACUCUUCUUCUCUCGAAGAUGACGAUAUCUGUUAUGAAGAUGAAAGUUAUUUCAAUAAUGAUAAUGGUGACGAUGAUUCCAUUUCUACUGAAGAUAAUAUUAAAGAAUUUCAAAAUAUUAUUGAUUUAGGAUUUCCAAUAUUUACAAAGGAAUUUAUUGAAUACGAUCGAGAAAAAAGAGAAUACGAACAAAACCUUGUUAAUAAAAACAAAGCAACAGCCAAAGAAAUUGAUUCGAUGCGUUCUAGAAUUCGAUUUUUGAAAUCAGAAAUUGAAGAUGUUAACAUCGAAAGCAAUAAACUUGAGCAAGAAAAUGAGAAGCUUCGUAAUAUUCUCAAGUCGUUAAAACUUGCAUUGAUUUAUUUGGAACGUGAAAUUAGUCCUACAGUGUGCUCUCCCAAAAUUAAAUUAGAUCCUAAUAUUGUUGUUGAUGAUGGUAGUGAUAUUAUAACCUAUGUUGCUGAUUUAAGAAAACGACUCAAUACCGGCUUGGAAAGGUUCACUUCUACCAAAACGGGUCAAAAUGUUCUUCUUGAUUGA